UCAUUGUUACUGGCACAUCCCGGCUACAGCCUCCUAUUUUCGUACUUCUCACCAACACACGUGUCAAGCCGCUCUAGAGUAAUGCUUCCAGUUUAAAUUAAUGAGUCAUUUACUCAAAAAUUAAUGUUUGGUAAUGAGCUUGUGAUGUCGGUCAGUUAGUGAGCGGUGGAGUAGAAGGAAUCAGGAAUGGACGCUUGGGGGAAUUUUACCCUCGGAAAUCUCGAUGUUCCCACGAUCAGAGACGAUGAACUGAAUAUACAAGGCAGUUUUAGGAGGAAAAAGCCCAAAACCACAAUAGAAAAACUUCCUGAUAAAGUCCUCCUCCAUAUCUUCAGCUACUUAGCCCACAAGGAAAUAUGUCACAUGGCAAGAGUCUGCCGAAGAUGGCGCCUGAUCGCAUACGACACCAAACUGUGGAAGAACGUUUCCCUACGCCCAGAGAUUUCUGGACUUCACGUAGGUUCCCUGGAAGCCCUCUUGGCGCUUGUGAGCAUCAGAUUUGGACCAUCUCUGAGGUACAUAGAGCUUCCAAUAGAACUUAUCACGCAUACGGUGCUACAUGAGUUGGCGAAUAAGUGUCCGAAUUUAACUCAUAUGCUGUUGGACUUCUCUACUGCUAUGCAGCUGCACGAUUUCAGUGAACUGCAAGCGUUUCCCACCAAGUUGAAGUAUUUGUGUAUAUGUUUAUCAGAAGUAAUAUUUAUGGAAGGCUUCAUGAGAAAAAUCUACAACUUCAUCAAUGGUUUGGAGAUUCUACACUUGAUUGGAACUUAUGAAAAAGUAGAGGAAGAAGAAGAGGAAAUUUACGAAGUUAUUAAUGUACAUAAAUUAAAAUCAGCAACUCCAAAUCUCAGAGUCAUCAAUUUGUAUGGAAUCAACUUUGUAGAUGACAGUCACAUCGAUGCCUUCAGUUCGAACUGUAUUCAGUUGGAAUGUCUGGCUGUGAACUACUGUAAUAAAGUGACAGGAUCAACUUUGAAAACAUUGUUCCAACGUAGUAGAAGAUUGAAAUGUUUAUUAAUGAAUGGAACCAAUCUGCAAAGUGAGUAUCUUAUGCAAGUAGAAUGGGAAAAAUGUUCUGUGCAAGAACUUGACAUCACUGCUACAGAUUUAUCGACCGAAGCCUUGCAAGAUAUGUUGACGAGGAUACCAGGACUGAGAUUCUUAAGUGCUGGACAGUUAAAUGGUUUUAAUGAUUCAGUAUUGAAGUCUUGGAUGGAAUCUGGAACGUCAAGAAACCUGAUAGCAUUGGAUUUGGAUAGCUCUGAUAAUCUAACAGAAGAAGCAAUUUACAAAUUUCUGUGUAAACAUGGACAACAGUUGCUCGGAUUAGGUCUAUCUGGAAUGACCCACAUCACAGAUUCUUUAUGGCAAUCAGUAUUACCAAUUCUCACCAACGCCAAGAUAUUGGUGAUGGGAACACAGGAAAGGCUGGGAGUGAACAUCCUCGCUGACCAACUCAUGGAUAGUAUAGCCAGAAAUUGCUUGAACCUGGAGAGGCUAGAGCUGAGAUGGGACCCUGACAAUCUAAGAUUUUCAGACAAGAGUCAAAAGGCUAUCGAUACCUUGCGCGUGAAAUGCUUGAAGCUUAGGUGCCUAUGUUUAAGUGACGGCAGAUACUACGAAGUGGUCAAAGCCAACUUCGAGAGAGCCGAUAGGAUGACAGUAGUACGCACUCUGACCAACUGCAGGAUCUCCAACUACUACCUCCUGUCUAACUACAAGGAUCUGAUUUUUAACUAAUAAAGACACACAAAAUAAUUUAAAAUAUUUUUUAUUUAUGAUCUAUAAUAAGUUAAUGAUAAUUUCUAAAUGUGUAAUAGUAGGUUUGCUGUUGUUUUUUAUUUAUUUAUUUAUUAUUUGUCGAUUCUUAAAACGAAGGAGAAGGAAAUGGUUACGAUAUUGUUACAAUUAGAAAAUAAAAGAAUUACUUGUU